AUGGUGCAAAUUUGGGGCUUCUCAGUCUCAAACAUUUUUGGAGGUGAAAACCCUCACACCCCAGGUCGGGGGAGGUUCCCGAUUGUCAAAGGGGGAAGACCCCAACCAGUAAAGAAAAGUGCAGGGGAAACCACGGGAAAAGAAAGGUUCCAACACCCACCCCCACGGUCCUCCCCAGACCCGGAAAGACAUUUCUUCGCCGGGGGGGGACAUGUGGGACCCUAUCACGCUGGGGGCACAGCGUGGCAGUACCCUUUGUCCAGGACCAAAAAGAGGCGGAAAAGGCAGUCGCCCUUCCCAAAUUUUAAACUUUCAAACAGAUUUGUGAAAAGCAAAAAGGGGAAAGGGAAAUUUGGAGAGGGCCCAAAAUCACCCAAUUUUCCCCCUCACCCAGGCCAAACCCUCCCUCCCCUCCCCAAAGCCAGGCUUGCCCUCAAAAGGCAGGGGCCAAAGCCGGGCUAUCCCCUCCCCCCGGGGCAGGGGACCCAGGCUGAUUCAGUGCCACAACCCGAAUCAGAAGAAGCUGGGGCCUCCCCACCCAAGGGCCAGUUUAAUGCACAGAAACACCCGGGCCAGAGAAAAAAACCAAAAGCCCAAAAGCCCAGAGCUCCCCAAAGGGCUCUCCCCCCCCCACUGGAUCCGGGGAUAGCCCGACAGCCGAAGCGGGACCCCCCCAGCAGAGGGGGUUUCCCCAAAAGGGAUUUUGUCAGACCCCGACCGUAA